UAUAUCUGUUUAUGAUAAAUAAUACACGAUAAUACUAAUGUUUUAAAUGUAAUAGUAAUUUAUUAAAAAAAAAUAAUUACCUAUACUGUGUGUAUAAUUAAGUUGUAUUAUACUUUGUACUUUCUUUUAUGUUUGCGUGACUCAUAAUUCAAAAGUGUAAAAUAAUUUGUAAAAAAAUCAACAUGUACUAUAUUCCGAGUCAUGGUAUCAGAAUGUACUUCAAAAUGAAUUCAGGAUUUCUAUUAAAAAGAAUGUUACAUACUAAUACGCAACCAUUACUGAAUUCAGUAAAAGAAGUAGAAAUUAAAGUACCAGGGUGGCAGAUUAAAGGAAAAUUAUGGGGACCAGAAGACAAGCAACCUAUAUUAGCUUUACAUGGAUGGCAAGAUAAUGCUGGAUCAUUCGAUGCACUUGCUCCAAUUCUGUCUGAGAAUACUCCGAUAUUGACUAUUGAUUUACCUGGUCAUGGAUUAUCUAGUUGGCUACCUACAGGAAUGAUGUACGAUAAUAUAAUGUACAUACUACUAAUUAAACGAAUACAAAAUUAUUUUGGAUGGGAUAAAAUAAAAAUAAUGGGACAUUCCUUUGGUGGAUUUUUAAGCUUCUACUACGCAUCUCUUUUGCCAAAGGAUAUGGAAUACGUAAUACUAUUAGAUGUUCCACUUCUUAGUAUACCAAUAUCUAGGACUAAAUACAAUAAGUACUUCUCUGAAAACAUAUCUAAAUUCAUAGAGAUGGACGAAUUUACAUCUAAACCAAAAUACACAGAAACAGAAAUCAUAACUAGAUUGAUGGCUGGUAUGAAAAACAGUUUAAAUGAAGCUUCGUGCAGAAUGUUAAUGAAACGUGGUGCUACAAAAGAAGAAAAUGGAACAUAUACUUUCAACAGAGAUCCAAGAAUUAAGUAUCUUCCUCUUCUUUCACAAUUUAUCACAGAAGAUAUACAAAUGUCUGCUGAAUGUAUGACAUCUCCGUGUCUCCUGAUCAGUGCAACAAAAUCACAUCUAUAUAAUGAAGCCGAUGUAUCUAAAUGCGUGAACCUUAUGAAGGACAAUAAAACUGUUUACUGGGAGAAAGUUGAAGGACUGCACCAUGUCCAUAUGAUGGAUCCAAAAGCUGUAGCUAAUAUUAUUUUUUCAUUUUUGCAAAAAUAUAACAAAUAAAAUAUUAUGUUAAUACAUAAAUCAAUUUAAAUUCAAUGCGUUAAUCUCAUUCGAAACCUUUAUUUUUCCAUCUUCUGAGGCUUUUCGAUAUUCCUAAUUUAACAGGAAUUUAUAUUUAAUUUUACAUGCAAAGCAUCUCGAAUUCUAUUAUCAAUUAUUCACGAAGGACUUUUUCAAAAAUUGCAUGCUGCUUUUUUUUCUCAUAACAUUCCAGUUACAAAUGAUUUCUUUAUUUAUUGCCUCGUGAGUGAAAGUACAAAUAAAUAAAUAAAAAGAAAUACUCUAAAAAGUUCUGCAAGUACUUAUCUGACAACACUUCUUGAAAAAACUUCUCUGAUUCGCUUUUGUACAAAAUGAGAAGUAAUUGGUCGAAAAAGAAUACAGUGACGUCAAGAAAAAUCGCGUCAUCGCUCUCGAAGAUACGAAACUCGUCGAUCACGUCGAUUCACAAGCAUGCCAUAAAUCCCCUCCACUUUUCUUCGGCAGGUGCGAUAAACGAAUGAUGCAUAUGCGCAGUGUUUGAAGGCCAUGGUGCCGGCCAGUAAAGUGUCUAAUAUGUUCGCGAAAUUGGCGUCCUUAGCUGCCCCCCUUCCCAAAAAAUUUACGAUAUGCAAUAUUUUUAUAAUAUUAAUACUUGAUUAUGUGAGCCAGUAACCGAUUAGAAAAUCUGUUCGAAAAUAGGAAAUAGAUUGUAAACUCCUAGCCAGGAGAUAAUUAGGACCCAUGGAAAAACUAGCCGGUAUUAUAGAUUGUAAUACAGAAAAGAGCCAGUAGGGUGCACGGUUGUACCGGUGUAAUUAAUUGUCGGUACUAUCAGUCGCGGUUGGUCCAGGU